AUGACUAUUUUCUCUUCCAAUCCGAAAACUCGGGCUGUUGUGGUGUCGGUCUUGUUCUUGCUUCACCAGGCAAGUGCCCUGGUGAUCAGGGCGGAAGCCGACCCCGCCAGAUUCGUUGAUCCCUUCAUCGGGACCAGCAAUGGUGGACAUGUAUUUGCUGGCUCAACCCUACCCUUUGCGCCGGUCAAGGCGGUUGCCGACUCCCACUCAAGCGAUAAUCAAGGUGGAUACGUCUCCGAUGGAUCACCGAUCGUCGGCAUUUCCCCUUUGCAUGAUGAUGGCACCGGCGGAGGAGCCAGUAUGGGGCAGUUCAAAGCUUUCCCCACAUUCUGUAGCGGAGGUCUCGACACCUGCGUCACACAGGAGACGUCCAGGAUGGUUUCACCAGUCAGCGGCUCGCCAUCUGGGUGCCCAGGUUAUUUCUCAAUCGGCUUGCAGAACGGCUACACGGCGGAGGUCACGACUACCAAUCAUGCAGCCAUCCAUCGUUUCACAACUAACUGGUCCGCUCAAUCACCGGUGCUGCUCUUCGACCUGACCAACGACCUGUCCCACUCAUUUCAGGGGAACGGCAACCUCAACAUUCAGACGCUGACAGCCCAGCGGCAAGGACAGACCAUCACUCGCUUGACUGGAGGAGGUGAAUGGAAUCCGAGCUUCGGUAUCGGCACCUACGAUGUAUACUUCUGCCUGGAUGUGGUGGGCGUGGCAAAUUAUGCCAUAUAUGAUAAUGGUGCAAUCAACAUUGGUGCAACUUCUCUCCCAAGUGAGGGCUCUCCAGGUGACCAGCUGGGCGCGCUUUUGCAAAUGCCGAAUGGGACUUCUUCAUUCGUCGCUCGCAUUGGUGUCUCGUGGAUGUCAUCCGGAAAAGCUUGCACAUAUGCCGAGUCGGAGAUACCUCUGAUCACUUCCCAGGGCUUCGAUGAAACCCAAAUGAACGCGAGGGCAGUUUGGAACGAGCUUCUCACCAACGUGCAAGUCGAUGCUACUGGAGUUUCCUCGAACACACAGACGCUAUUUUGGUCUUCGUUAUACCGAUCCUUCAUAUCACCCAUGAACGUGACCGGAGAUAACCCUCUAUGGCCCGAUUCGACGGAGCCAUACUAUGAUUCAUACUACUGUAUUUGGGACUCUUUCCGUGUCGUGCAUCCAUUGUGGACAAUUGUCCAACCGCAAGCCCAGGCCGAAGUCAUUAGGGCACUCAUCGAUGUCUAUCGACACACCGGCUGGCUUCCCGACUGUCGUAUGUCAACUGAUAUGGGCUACACACAGGGCGGGAGCAAUGCGGACAGUCUCCUUUCGGAUUCAUUCGUGAAAGGAAUCUCAGCGGGUAUCAACUGGAUGGAUGGAUACGCGGCUGUAGUCAGAGAUGCGACUGUUGAACCGACUCUGUGGGGAGUGCAAGGCCGAGGAGGAAUCAAGAGCAGAGCUCAACUAGGCUAUAUUCCUGUAGGCGAUACCUCCGACGCUGUGAGCACCGUGAAUACAGUUGGGAGGAGCGCUUCUCGAUUGUUGGAAUACUCUUACAACGACUUCAGUAUCGCUUUGAUUGCCAAGGGAGUCGGGGACUAUCAAGGGUACAAAUACUAUCUGAACAAAUCGAUGGACGCCCUCAACCUCUGGGACCCAACCGUUCAGAGUGCUGGAUUUACCGGAUUCAUUCAACCCCGAUAUUCAUCCGGUGAAUUUAUGUACGUCGAUCCUCGCAUGUGCUCUCCCGUGUUGGGCCACACCAGUUGCUACCUGAAUCCUCAAGGGGGCGAGUUCUACGAAGCAUCAUCUUGGCAAUACUCCUUCUAUUUCCCCCACAACAUGCAGGACGUCAUCCAAAACUAUAUGGGUGGCACGUCAACAUUCUUGAAUCGACUGGACACCCUUUUCAAAAAUGGCUAUUCCGACGUCGGGGACGAACCGGGCUUUAUGCCUACUUUCCUCUACAACUACGGCGGAAGGCCGGACAAGACUGUCGAUAGGGUGCUCUCGACGCUCAAUACGUACUUUAGCACUGAGACAGCAGGAAUACCGGGUAACGAUGACAGCGGCGCAAUGGGUGCCUAUGCUGUCUGGGCUAGUUUGGGUUUCUUCCCUGUCGCUGGUCAGAAUACGUAUCUGCUCUCCACGCCGCUGUUCCGGUCGGUUACUUUCACGAAUCCCGUGACGGGUACAAAAGCAACCAUCACUGCGAACAACUGGGAUGGGGCAACGACUAACAAGUACGUGCAGAGUGCCAAGCUGAAUGGUAGGACGUACACGAAGAAUUGGAUCAAUCACGAGAUAUUCAGCAAGGGCGGCACCCUAGAGCUUACGUUGGGAAGCAGACCGAGCUCAUGGGGCACGCAGCCUGGUGAUUUGCCACCGAGCAUCACUACUGGCGGAUUUUGA